CUGUCAACGAUCUGUGACUUUCUGACCGCGCCGCUUUCUUAAUGAGGGUUAUAUUGUUCUGCAUAAGCCAUAAAAGAAACUGGUUGGACAUCCACGUUAAUUCGUUUGGUGAUGACAGGGGAGAGAAGCACAUUAACUAAUGCCUCCUCACGACCCUCGGCAGAGGAUGGAAUCGCUGCAUAUUUAUGCUGCUUCCAAGAUCUCAGAGUAGAUAGAGAAAGGCAGGGAGAGGGAGGGAGUCGACAGAGCCGAUCAGUGCAGAAGGAGAGGCAAGUGUAUCUGUUCCAGAAAUUGGGCACUGACUGGACAAGGCAGCGAAAUUUCGGAUCUCAUCACCGCGGAAACAGCAAGAACAGUUACUCAUUGGCUUCCGCAACUAAUAUCAUAGAGUGCUUCUUUAAAUGAACAAAAAGGGGCUAUCGAAGACUGGAAGAACCCAAGUGUGAUCACAGGUUAAUUAUGUUGGGUGAAAAGGCUGAGCACCUGAAGAUUCAGUAAAGGCAACUAGAAGAUUAACCCCUGAGAAACGCUUGAAUCAUGGAGGAGAAUGAGUUCCAUGUCCAGCAGUUGCAACCAAACAUCAUUUCUGUUCGACUAUAUAAGCGGAAGGUGGGUGGUCUGGGAUUCUUAGUGAAGCAACGAGUGUGUAAUCCCCCUGUGAUCAUCUCUGACAUUAUCCGUGGUGGGACAGCAGAGGAGAGUGACUUGGUGCAGGUUGGUGAUAUCAUUGUUGCUGCUAAUGGCAAGCCUCUGGUUGAUGUAACUUAUGACUUCGCUCUGGAGAUGCUGAAGAACAUACCUCCAGAGACUUUUGUUGUGUUGAUUUUGAGAGGUCCAGAAGGGUUCUCCACCCACCUGGAGACCACCUUCACUGGUGAUGGGACACCAAAAACAGUGCGUGUUACCAAGCCUUUAGUUCCUGCCUCUAAAACGAGUGAUUCUCCCAUUCGAGGCACCCAAGGCAAAGACAAUCUCAAAACUGAAGAUAAAGUGCUGAGGAACAUCUGUAGUCCAGCAUUAGAGACAUGGGACAGUGAGAUAUCACAGGAGUCCAAUCCUGUAAUUCAGGUCGAGAGAAUGAUGUCCUUAAUGAAUGAAAACUCUUUGGAGGGAUCAGAUGCCUGUUUUUCUGACACAGACAACUCAAUGAAUGAUGGAGCAACUGAUAAUGAUGAACUUCUUAAGGAAAUUGAACCUGUAUUAAAUCUAUUGAAGAACAAUAGAAAAUCAGUGAAGUGUGAUUCAGAAGCCCAAGUGGACAGGGGAGAAACAGACAAAGGCCAGCAGCAUUUGCAUCUCCAAACUGAGAAUGACAGAGUAUUUCAUGAUUUGUGGAGGAACAAAACUAUGCUGACAGUGCUUCCUAGUCCUUAUUCUGAACAGGGAGAGUCGCCGGUAAAAGAUUUGUUGAAUGGCAGUCCAACAAAAUGUCCCCGUUUUGUUAAGAUAAAGAACUGGGAAACAGGUGCAGUUUUAAAUGAUACACUACACCUGAGUUCGAGAAAGGGAACUGGGUGCACAGAGCAGAUUUGCUUGGGAUCAGUUAUGAUGCCAAACCAGCAAGUCAGAAAACCAAAUGAAGCCCGAACAAAGGAGAAGCUACUUCCUCUGGCAGCAGACUUUAUUAACCAGUACUAUACAUCUAUCAAAAGGCAUGGGUCCAAGGCCCAUCUUCAGAGGAUCGAGGAGGUGACAAAGGAAAUUGAAGUGACUGGCACAUAUCAACUUAGAGAUACUGAGCUAAUUUAUGGGGCCAAACAUGCCUGGAGAAAUGCUACCCGCUGCAUCGGGAGGAUCCAGUGGUCUAAGUUGCAGGUCUUUGAUGCACGUGACUGUUCCAGUGCUCAUGGAAUGUUCAAUUAUGUUUGUAAUCACAUCAAAUAUGCAACCAACAAGGGAAAUCUCAGGUCUGCCAUCACAAUAUUCCCUCAACGAAUAGAUGGAAAGCAUGAUUUCAGAAUCUGGAACAGUCAGUUGAUACGAUAUGCUGGUUACAAACAACCUGAUGGCUCAGUCAUUGGAGACCCGGCUUCCGUGGAGCUAACUGAGGUUUGUAUGCAACAAGGUUGGAAAGGACCGAAGGGUCGGUUUGAUGUCCUCCCCCUAUUGCUUCAAGCCAAUGGAAAUGAUCCUGAACUAUUUGAGAUUCCCUCAGAACUAAUCCUGGAAGUACCCCUCAGGCACCCCAAGUUCACAUGGUUUAAAGAUCUGAACUUGAAGUGGUAUGGCCUGCCAGCUGUCUCAAACAUGCUUCUAGAUAUUGGAGGUCUCGAGUUUACAGCCUGUCCUUUUAGUGGUUGGUAUAUGGGAACAGAAAUUGGAGUCCGAGACUUCUGCGAUGUCUCCCGGUACAAUGUGCUUGAGAAUGUAGCUAAAAAAAUGGGCCUUGACACCAGAAAGACAUCUUCUCUUUGGAAAGAUCAAGCGUUAGUUGAAAUAAAUAUUGCAGUCCUUUACAGCUUUCAGGCAAAUAAAGUGACAAUAGUGGAUCACCAUUCUGCUACGGAAUCAUUCAUGAAACACAUGGAAAAUGAAUAUAGAUGUCGAGGAGGCUGUCCUGCAGAUUGGGUGUGGAUUGUUCCACCAAUGUCAGGAAGCAUCACACCUGUGUUCCAUCAAGAGAUGCUAAACUAUCAGCUCAGUCCAUCGUUUGAAUAUCAGACAGAUCCCUGGUUGAAUCAUGUGUGGAAAGGAGUUAAUGGAACUCCCACCAAAAAGAGAGCCAUUGGAUUUAAAAAGUUGGCAAAGGCAGUGAAAUUCUCGACAAAGUUGAUGGGACAAGCAAUGGCCAAAAGAGUAAAAGCCACCAUCUUAUAUGCCACAGAAACUGGCAAGUCCCAAGUCUAUGCAAAAACAUUAUGUGAAAUUUUCAAGCAUGCCUUUGACGCAAAGGCAAUGUCCAUGGAUGAAUAUGAUAUUGUGCAUCUUGAGCAUGAGGCACUGGUGCUGGUAGUUACAAGCACUUUUGGCAACGGUGACCCACCUGAGAAUGGAGAAAAAUUUGGGUCUGCUCUGAUGGAAAUGAGACACCCGAAUUCAAAUUCAGCUGAAAGGAAGAGCUACAAGGUUCGUUUCAACAGUGUAUCCUCAAACUCAGAUGCUCGGAAAUCUUCAAGUGAUGAACCAGAACACAGAGAUAAAUUUGAGAGUACUGGCCCUUUAGCUAAUGUUAGAUUUUCUGCUUUUGGCCUUGGCUCUCGAGCCUAUCCACAUUUCUGUGCUUUUGCUCGAGCUGUGGACACACUACUUGAGGAACUUGGAGGAGAACGUAUUAUGAAGAUGGGAGAGGGGGAUGAACUCUGCGGGCAAGAGGAAUCAUUCAGGACUUGGGCUAAGAAAGUUUUUAAGGCAGCUUGUGACGUGUUCUGUGUAGGGGAUGACGUUAAUAUUGAAAAAGCCAACAACUCCUUAAUAAGUAAUGAUCGCAGCUGGAAGAGAGCAAAAUUUCGCCUGACCUACCAGACUACAGCACCUGACCUUACAGGAGCUCUCUACAGCAUUCACAAGAAGAAAGUCUACGCUGCUAGAUUGUUAUCCCGACACAACUUGCAAAACCCAAAAUCCAGCCGUUCCACAAUUUUGCUGCGAAUACACACAGACAAGCAGGAAGAGUUACAGUACCAGCCUGGCGACCAUCUUGGGGUCUUUCCUGGUAACCAUGAAGAUUUGGUCAAUGCCUUGAUUGAACGGUUAGAAGAUGCACCGCCUGUAAAUCAGAUCAUAAAAGUUGAACUUUUGGAAGAGAGAAACACAGCUUUGGGUAUUAUCAGCAACUGGAGUGAUGAGAAUCGCAUUCCACCUUGCACCAUCUUUCAAGUUUUUAAGUACUAUCUGGAUAUCACAACUCCUCCAAGCCCACUCUUACUGCAGCAGUUUGCUCUCCUGGCAAAAAAUGAAGAGCAAAAGAAAAGACUUGAAGUUCUCAGCAAGGGACUGCAGGAAUAUGAAGAAUGGAAAUGGUACAAUAACCCAACCGUCGUGGAAGUACUGGAAGAGUUUCCUUCGGUUCAGGUGCCAACAACCUUACUACUUACCCAGCUUCCUCUGCUGCAGCCUCGAUAUUACUCAAUCAGCUCAUCCCCAGACAUGUACCCGGAUGAGAUUCACCUUACAGUGGCUGUUGUUUCAUAUCGCACACGAGAUGGUGAAGGGUCAUUGCACCAUGGAGUCUGCUCUUCCUGGCUUAACCGAAUAGACACAGAUGAAACAGUGCCAUGCUUUGUGAGAGGGGCACCUUCUUUCAGAUUGCCAAAAGAUCCAAUGGUUCCUUGUAUUUUAAUUGGACCAGGAACUGGAAUCGCUCCCUUCAGAAGUUUCUGGCAGCAGCGGCUGCAUGAUAUUGAGCAGAAGGGUGUAAAAGUAUGUCCCAUGACACUUGUGUUUGGCUGUCGUCAAUCAAAAAUUGACCACAUCUACAGAGAGGAAACUAUUCAAGUCAAAAGUAAGGGUGUCUUUCAGGAACUCUACACAGCUUACUCCCGAGAACCAACAAAACCAAAGAAAUACGUACAAGAUAUUUUAAGUGAACAGCUUUCUGACCAAAUAUUCAAAGUUCUACAAGAGCAAGCUGGACACAUAUACGUUUGUGGUGAUGUUACCAUGGCAGGCGAUGUACUGAAAACAAUUCAGCACAUCUUGAAACAGUAUGGAAAGAUGUCAUUGGAAGAUGCUGGGGUCUCCAUCAGCAAGCUGAGAGAUGAAAACCGUUAUCAUGAAGACAUAUUUGGUGUUACUCUUCGUACAUAUGAAGUUACAAAUCGCCUUCGAUCUGAAUCUAUUGCCUUUAUUGAAGAAAACAAGAAGGACUCAGACGAUGUAUUCUGUGCUUGACUGAGAAAUUUACAUCACAAAGAAACCCUCCUUCAUGGCCUUUGCAAGAAGUUUUAUUCAAUCCUGAAGACAACUUUAUUGAGCAUUAAAAUCUACACAAUUGCAGACGCUGUCAAAAAAUGAGAACGAAAGCCCACUUAAACUUUUAUAUUUUUACACAAGGGGAUUCUGUAAUUUGUUAUUUGUAUUUUGUUUUCUAAGUAACUGCAACAUCCACUGCAAGCAAAAGACUUUUGUCAGCAGUUCAAUGACAAACGAAAAAUAUUGCAUGAAAUAAAAGCAACUUCAUUGCUUACUUUACUACAAACUCAGUAUACACAGGUUUUAUUUUAAACUACCAAUACUCUUAUCAGUAAAAAAAAGUUUCAAAAGAUCUACAGAUCUACCUUCUUGACUUUUCAAUGAACAAGAGACAGAUGCAGGUCACUAACUUGGUUUUUGUGUCUCCUACAAGUUAGCAGAAGGUGUAACAAACAGUUACGUGUUUCCUCUUUGUGUAAGCCCAGUCCUGUUGUCUGCAUGCUUUGAAGAUAGCAAAUCUUGUAAUGCUCAGAUCAUGGGUCAAGUGGAAAUUAGUUGAGAUAUCUUUAAAAAUGUAGCAACAUGCAGCCACUUAUUCAUGAGGGCAUGGUAUGAAGUGGACUGCUGCUGCAGCAUAAAUUUAUGUUUUGUUAUGUCUUGGUGGGGUUUCCCUGGUAUUUUGAUUAAUGGAGAGGCUUCAGUCUCAUCCAGAGGCCCAGAUUUUCAUGAAGUCUGGAAGGAAAUCUUUUAAAAUGACAGAAAGGACAAAUUCUGGGAUUCGUGACUCCAUUUAUUCUCCAGCAAUUUUGUGUAGCAAGGGAUAAGAGUACAGGCCCAAAUGGAGCACUCCCACCUUUGCUGGUUAAGGGGAUAGGAAGUUCAGCUGUCUUUCCCUGCAAUGUACGUAGAGCUGACCUGUUCUGUUAGUUGCUCAUGGCACAUCAAAGGAGUCUUAAAUCACGUGGGAACCCUCGUCCCAAGUCAGAACUGAAAGAAAAUACAGCCAUUCAACAUCCCCUUUGUAUUCCGUUACGUCCUCAUAGCUUCUCAUAAAAACUAUCUAUCAAUCAAUCACAGUAAUUCAGUGUUAAUGACAAAAAAAAUUUCUGUGUACUUCACAUCACUUAGUCUUAUAUGAAUAGAUAUACACAUAUUGAAAAAUACUGCUCAAAGAUCAAGUUAUUUCAAGAUAAUAAAGACAGCCAUCAAACAAGCUAUUUCUGCUUUGCAAAAUGUAUCAACAUUGCCUACAGGCCUGAGUGCACCGGAGUUGAGCCAAGUAUACAAAUGAGGCCUUCUAGCAACUGUAUCAACUAAAUAGGCUGAACAAAUGGCCAAUAAUUUUAUUUUCAGUUAAGGUUCUUCAGUAGAUUUGUAGCUCAGGUUGGUUCGCUCGCCGAGCUGAUUGGUUAGUUUGCAGACAUUUCAUUACUUU